AUGGAUGCUGUGGAACUUUCCAGAAAGCUGCAGGAGGAGGCAACAUGCUCCAUUUGCCUCGACUAUUUCACUGACCCAGUAAUGACCACCUGUGGCCACAAUUUCUGCCGUGAGUGCAUCCGGAUGACUUGGGAGAAGGCCAAAGGCAAGAAGGGCAGGAGGAAGCACAGGGGUGUCUUCCCCUGCCCUGAGUGCCGGGAGCUAUCUCCCCAGAGGAACCUGCGGCCCAACCGCCUGCUGACCAAGGUGGCUGAGAUGGCACGACAGCACCCGGGCUUCCAGAGCCAAGACCUGUGCCAGGUGCACCAGGAGGUGCUCAAACUCUUCUGCAAAGAUGACCAGAGCCCCAUCUGUGUGGUCUGCAGGGAGUCCCAGGAACACCGGACUCACAGGGUGGUCCCAGUGGAGGAGGCCGUGCAGGAACACAAGCUGAAGCUGGAGGGUGACAUGAGGCACCUGCAGGAAGAGAUGAUGAAGACCCAGAAGCUGCAGAUUAGGGAGCAGCAGACCUUGGCUGAGUGGCAGGAGAAAGUGAAGAAGCGGAGAUGGCGCAUUAUGAUGGAGUUCAAGAAAAUGGCUGUCCUCCUGGUGGAGGAGAAGCAGCACCUCCUGCAGGCCCUGAGGCAGGAGGAAGAGGACAUUGCUGCCAGGCUGCUGGAGAGUAUGGCUGCACUAGAGCAGCAGAGUUGCUCCCUGAAGACCCUGCUGCUACGGCUGGAGGACUGUAGCAAGCGGGAACCACUGCAGAUGCUGCAGGAUAUAAAAGAGCCUCUGGACAGGAAGAACAGUUUGAGUGUGCAGUACCCAGAGGCUAUCCCCAUCGCACUGAGGACUAUCUGCAGGGUCCCUGGGCAGAUAGAGGUGCUCAAGAGUUUCCAAGAGAACGUGGUGCCUGACCCUGCUACAGCGUACCCCUACCUCCUCCUGUAUGAGAGCCGCCAGAGGCGCUACCUCAGUACCCCUCCAGAUGGCACACCCUGCAGCAAGGACAGGUUCCUGGCCUACCCCUGUGCAGUGGGACACCAGACCUUCUCCUCAGGGCGGCAUUACUGGGAAGUGGGCAUGAACCUCACUGGGGAUGCGCUCUGGGCCCUGGGUGUGUGCAGGGACAACGUGAGCCGGAAGAAUAGGGUCCUCAAGUCCCCAGAAAACGGAUUCUGGGUGGUGCAGCUGUGCAAGGGAAAGAAGUAUGUGCCCCCAGUGUCCACUUUGACCCCCAUCACACUGACAGAGCCCCCCAGUCAUAUGGGCAUCUUCCUGGACUUUGAGGCUGGGGAGGUGUCUUUCUACAAUGCCAGCGGCGGGUCCCACCUGCACACCUAUGCCCAGCCGGCCUUCCCAGGCCCCCUACAGCCCUUCUUCUGCCUUGGGGCCCCCAAAUCUGGCCAGAUGGUCAUCUCAACAGUGACGCUGUGGGUGAAGGGUUAG